CCUGGGGCGGACUGACCAUUUGGAAACUCGGGCACUGCCCGAGGGCCCGGGGUCAGUAGGGGGCCCCAUGAGAUGCCCCUGGUACCUUUUUCAUAGGCUUUUUUGAGUUUGGGCAAGGACACAGGGGGCCCCAUGAUCCCCAAUUGCCCGGGGGCCCCAUGCGUUGUUAGUCCGCCCCUGCUUCCGCCCCUGAUUGAGGUUUUUUUUUUUUCAUGUGAGCAGCACAGGGCCAAUCAGCACUGUCCAGACAGAGGU